UUCUACGGGGAGAUUUGGGGCAUAGCAAGAGCCCGCAUCAAGAGCUGAGGAGGUGGGGAAGCAGUGGGAGCAUUGGGCCAGGACACUGGGAGAAACUCCCUUCUCUUUUCCCAAUUGGGAUCUUUAACGUCCGCCUGGACUGACAAGGGACUCACUUUGAUGGCUCAUCCAAGGCACGGCAUCUCUGACAAUGCGGUGCUCUCCCAGCACUGCGCUAGAGUGUCAGCCUAGACUGUGAGCUCAAAGCCCCCACAAGGACGGAGGGCCGAGCUGACAGCUCCGACACUGCCAGGCGGAGAAGGGAACAGGAACCUCGUGUGGAGACAGGCUACAUCAUUACGAAGGCUCAGUGCCGGCACUAAGAGUAUGGCUGAGAACGGGUUCCCGAGGUCGGCGGCCGCCACAAACCGCAAAAUCCUCGUCUUGGAAACGAUGAACCCCAACAUCAAGAAGGUGGAAUACGCAGUGCGGGGACCGAUCGUCCAGAGAGCCGCGGUCAUUGAGAGGGAGAUCCAAGAGGGUGUGGUCAAGCCAUUCAAAGAGGUCAUCCGGGCCAAUAUUGGGGACGCCCAUGCCAUGGGCCAGAAGCCCAUCACCUUCAUCCGGCAGGUGGUUGCGAUCUGCGCCUAUCCUGAGUUGCUGAAUUCAGACAUGAUGCCGGAGGACGCCAAGCAGAGAGCUCGCUACCUCCUACAGGGCUGCAAUGGCGGCAGUCUGGGUGCCUAUUCCAUGAGUCAGGGCAUCGACCGCAUCCGCAAGAAAGUGGCCAAAUACAUCGAGACCCGUGAUGGUGGCAUCCCGUCUGACCCCGAGACCAUCUUCCUCACCACAGGAGCGAGCGAUGGCAUUGUGACAAUCAUGAAGCUGUUGGUGAGCGGUCACGGUCGCUGCCGGACGGGGGUGAUGAUCCCGAUCCCCCAGUACCCGCUGUACUCCGCGGCCAUCUCGGAGCUCGCUGCUGUGCAGGUCAACUACUACCUGGACGAGGACAACGCCUGGGCCCUGAACGUGCCUGAGCUCCGCAGAUCACUGAAUGAGGCUCGCAAACGCUGCUACCCCCGUGUCCUGUGUGUGAUCAACCCCGGCAACCCCACAGGACAGGUCCAGUGCCGGAAGUGUGUUGAAGAUGUGAUCCGAUUCGCAGCUGAGGAGAACCUGCUACUGAUGGCCGAUGAGGUCUAUCAGGACAAUGUGUACGCUGAGGGAUGUCAGUUCCACUCCUUCAAGAAGGUGCUGUUUGAGAUGGGACCUGAGUACUCAGACACGGUGGAGCUGGCCUCCUUCCACUCCAUCUCCAAGGGCUACAUGGGCGAGUGUGGUUUCCGCGCCGGUUACAUGGAGCUGGUGAACAUGGACCCCGAGGUGAAGGCCCAGCUGGUGAAGCUGGUGUCUGUGCGGCUCUGCCCUCCUGUGACCGGCCAGGCCGUCAUCGACCUCAUCACAGACCCCCCCCAGCCUGGGGACCCCUCCCACGAAAACUUCAUCCAGGAGAAGCAGCAGGUGCUGAGUGCUCUGGCGGAGAAAGCUCAUCUGUCGGAGCAGAUGUUUAACUCGAUUCCGGGAUUCCAAUGUAACCCCGUGCAGGGAGCCAUGUACACCUUCCCUCGCAUCCAGCUCCCCCCCAGAGCCGUGCAGGCAGCUCAGGCCGCUGGACAAGCUCCCGACAUGUUUUACUGUAUGAAGCUGUUGGAGGAGAUGGGCAUCUGUGUGGUGCCCGGCAGCGGGUUUGGCCAGAGAGAAGGAACCUAUCACUUCAGGAUGACCAUUCUACCUCCCUUGGAAAAACUCAAGACUGUUUUGGAAAAUAUUAAGGGAUUUCACCAGAGGUUCAUUGAAGAGUUUUCCUGAACUAUCUGCUGCUCACACCGCAUCAGGACAGACCGACAGAAACACACGCACUCACAACGCACACGCACACACCACACGUAUGUGCCAACAUACACAACUAACACGCACGGACUUUGAUCAAAGUAAAUUAAAAAAAAAAUUAGGGAUCAGAGCUGGGAAAUGCGAUGUGAUUGGGGUGGGGGGGAGGGGGAAUGGUAUAUGGCCUGGGGUGGCGACGGCAAGAAAGAAAGAUGGAGAGAACCCGGAGAGAGAGGAGGAAAGAUGAGAAGCUCACCUCACACUCACUAACCUCAUUCACUUAGAAUCUUAAAUCCUUCAAGUGCAAUAGUUCUUGCGAUUUCAUCGGCCGAUCCUGGGCAGAUGAUAUCGCUGGGAGAAUGUUUUGUAAUAGUCUUAAUAUAAUGUAUUAUACAAUAGAAUUGUCACGUAAUCUACACGUGGAUUUCUGGAUGAUUUUGUUGUAAGAUUUCUGGUUGCUUGUCUCUUGGACCCCCCAGCCCCUCUCGUAAUCGCACACACACAGGGGGAAAGAUGAGCGCCAAGUCUCGUCUCUCUGAGCAAUAACUCAUCACUGUGAACCUCAUGUGCCUUUUACUGGAACCGAAGCGAUCGAGGGAUGGACGGAGUGAGCGGAUGGAAAGAGGGGUGGGAGAGACAAACGGUACGAUACCAGUCUACUGACAGUUCAGCAAUUUCUCUAAAAUUCUACUCACGACUGUGUCUUGUUGAUUGACUAUUUUUUUUUAAUGUCUGAUAAAAUCAAGUCACCUUCUCCACAUCA